AUGCUGCUAAAAAAAGCUGGAGCUCGGCCAGCAGCUGACGAGGGCAAACAAUUGGCCCCUGAGCCCUCUCUGAGGAGACAACAGAUAUUCAAACACAUGCACAGACUGAAGCCUCCAAAGGUCUUGACUCUGUCUCCGUUACCUGUGGAGGGUCGUGGCGCCUUGGCAACCGUCACCAAGUCCGUCCUGCAGGUCAGCGACCCCGACAACCCGGCAGACGUCCUAGUCAUGGUCCUUGAACCGCCGCGCCACGGCCGGCUGACCCGUCUCCACGGCGACCGGGCGCUGAGCCGAUUCAAGCUGGAGGAGCUGUCACGGGAACAGAUUCAGUACGUCCACGACGGCUCAGAGGGGACGGAGGACGGAGUCGUGCUGCAGAUCAACGACGGCCACAGCUACCAGAAUAUUCUGCUCCAGGUCCACAUCAAUCAGAAGGCGGCCGACUCUCCUCAUGUGCUGACUGUGCCGAUGACCUGGGUGAAAGAAGGAGGAAUGGUGAGACUGGAUAAGAAAUAUCUGAAAGCGGAUUACAAGGGAGUCAGCACCGAUGACAUCGUUUACACCAUCCUCGCCUCCGACGGUCAACCUAAAUACGGUACGAGAUGUUUAACGCCCACAUCUGAAACCGUUUCCACGGAGACGGCUCCAGUCGUACAGAGCGAUGCUCAGACCUUCACUAUAGGAGUCCUGCCUCAGAUCCCUGGAUUCCCGCAGCUCGCCCACUGCGACCUACAGAUCACGGCCCUGGAGGAUCGGGUGACAGAGAUAACACCCUCGGCUCUGUCCUUCGUCGACUCCGAGACUCCCAGCGAGAAGCUCAUCUACAACAUCACCAAACCCCUGCCGCGGGGCAAGGUCACCAUCGAGCAUCGUGACCGUCCGAACGCUGCUCUGAAACACUUCACUCAGGCCGACGUCAACAACGGAAAGAUCGUGUACAGACCUCCGCCUGCUCCGUCACACCUGCAGGAGCUCUACCAGUACUCCUUCAUCGGUCUGCCGGAGUCACUGAGCGUCUACUUCACAGUGUCGGACGGUGAAUACACUACCCCGGAGUUGGACUUUGCCGUCCUGCUGCUGUCGAACCAUCAGCAGCCGCCGGUGUUUCAGGUUCUGGACCCGCUGCUGGAAGUCACCAUGGGAGGACAGGCUGCCGUUGGUGGUCAGCAGCUGGCGGUGAGCGAUGCUGACACGGCUCCAGAUGAGCUGGAGUUUGAACUGGUGGAGGCUCCUGUUCACGGAGAGCUGGUCAAAACUGACGGGAGCACACACAUCAGCAUGAGUAGCGGCGACAUCUUCACCUUCAGCGACGUCACCCGUAACGUGCUUCUCUACCGACACGCCGGCCUCUCCAACCAGGACGACGCCAUGACCUUCUCUGUCAGUGACGGCAUCUCCAUGGCAACCACGGCGGUGCAGGUGGCGGUGCUGGGCGUUGCCGGGGGCAACGGGCCUCAGCGAGAUCCGGAGGCUACUCUGUCGCUGGAAGUAGGCGAGAAGAGCAGCAGCGUGAUCAGACGCUCACACCUGGCCUACACUGACAACGCGUCCCCAGAUGAUCAGAUCCAGAUGCAGCUGGUCUCCGUGCCGAUGUACGGCAUCCUGACGAGGACUCAGCCUCAGCAGGAGCCGCAGGAGCUGAGGGAGUACUCCUCCUUCAGCAUGGAGGACGUCAACAAGAACAGGAUCAGGUACAUCACCUCCUUAGAGACGGGCAGCCAGCCGGUGACGGACAUCUUCCACUUUGUUGUUUACGACGGCGACAACAAUCGCCUUGACAACCAGAUGUGCACCAUCACCAUCACCUCAACGCCAAGACAGCCGCCGGCGGUCACCGUCCGCAGCGGCAUCAAGGUCCAGGAAGGCGGUCGCGUGCAGCUGACUACCAAUCACAUCAUUGUGUCGGACCUGGACACGCCCAGUAAGGACCUGCUGGUGUGGCUCGUCAGCCCUCCGAAGUACGGCUUCAUCGAAAACACUAAAAAAGGCUCAGUAGGCGGCUCGCGGGUCAUCACCCCGGGUCCUUUCUCCGUGGAGGACCUGACGUCCGAUCACAUCUUCUACGUGCAGGAACAGAAAGCUGAGGAGCAAGUGGACGUCUUCAGCUUCUACAUCAGCGACGGACACAGUCAGACGGAGGCUUUCAACGUGGAGAUAGACAUUCAGGAGGGUCUGCUGCAGUUCAGUCACGAGAAGGGCGAGAAGGGAGGCAGCCUGUCUUUCAAAUUCAACCUGGUGGAUCCGGAGGGCAACAAACUGAUCGAUCAGUCCUUCUUCAUCAGUGUGCUGGAGGAUCGUCUCCCUCCGUCCGUGCUGGUGAACAAAGGUUUGGUGUUGGAUGAAAACUCGAUGAAGAAGCUCACAACGCUGCAGCUGUCGGCCAGCGACCAGGACAGCGAGCCCAGCGAGCUCAUCUACCGCGUUACCAAGGAGACGAGCCUGGGUCACCUGGAACGCGCCUCCAACCCAGGCACCAGAAUCAGCACGUUCACUCAGGCCGAUCUGGCGUCGCGCAGCAUCCAGUACGUCCACACCAGCGAAGAAGAGAAGCACGCCGACCAGUUCUCCUUCAGCGUGUCGGACGGGACGAAUGAGGUUGCCCAGACGUUCUACAUCACCAUCAAACCGGUGGACGACUCCCUGCCUCUGCUCCAGGUCCCUGGCAUGAGGGUCCAGGAGGGAGUGAGGAAGACCAUCACCGAGUUUGAGCUGAAAGCCACCGAUGCAGACACUGAGGCGGAGUCCAUCGUCUUCAGCGUGGUCCAGGCUCCUCGCCACGGCACCAUCGAGCGAACGAGCAACGGCCAACACUACCGAGAGACCAGCAGCUUCACCAUGGACGACGUCUACCAGAACCGCAUCAGCUACAACCACGACGGCUCCAACUCGCUGAAGGACCGCUUCACCUUCACCGUGGCCGACAGCACCAACCACCUCUUCAUGGUGGAGGAGGGCGGCAAGGAGAUCGUAACAGCCGCUCCACAGAAGUUCAAGAUCGAUAUUCUGCCGGUUGACGACGGCACGCCGCGUAUCGUGACCAACUUGGGGCUGCAGUGGUUGGAGUACAUGGACAACAAGGCGACCAACCUGAUCAGUAAGAAGGAGCUGCUGACGAUGGAUCCCGACACGGACGACGGACAGUUGGUGUACGAAGUCACCACGGAGCCGAAGCACGGCUUCCUGGAGAGCAAACUGAAACCUGGCAGCUCCGUCGUAUCCUUCACACAAGCUGAUAUCAACUUGGGUCUGAUCCGCUACGUUCUGCACCAGGAGAACGUUCAAGAGACGAUGGACAACUUCAAGUUCCUGGUGAAGGACAGCAAACCCAACGUGGUCAGCGACAACGUUUUCCACAUCCAAUGGUCGCUCAUCAGCUUCGAGCACAAAAGCUACAACGUGAGCGAGAAGGCCGGCACGGUGGCGGUGACGGUGAAGCGGACAGGAAACCUCAACCAGUACGCCAUCGUGCUCUGCCGCACCGAGCAGAGCAGCGCUACGUCCACCAGCAGCGUCGGAUCCAGUCCGGGCCAGCAGGACUAUGUGGAGUACGCUGGACAGGUCCAGUUCGAUGAGCGCGAGGACACCAAGGUUUGCACCAUCAUCAUCAACGACGACAAAGUAUUCGAGGGCAUCGAGAGCUUCCACGUGGAGCUGAGCAUGCCCGUGUACGCGCUGCUGGGCGGAAACACCCGCGCCCUCGUCAACAUCAACGACACGGAGGACGAACCAACGCUGCAGUUCGACAAGAAGAUGUAUCACGUUAACGAGAGCACCGGCCUCAUCCAUGUUCCCAUCGAGAGGAAAGGUGACACCUCCAGCACAGUAUCAGCUCUCUGCUACACUUUAGCCAAGUCGGCUCAGGGCAGCAGCCUCCUCGCUCUGGAGUCCGGCUCCGACUACAAGAGCCGCGGCAUGUCCAACGACAACCGCGUCAUCUUCGGCCCCGGCGUCAGCAUGUCGACCUGCGACGUCAAGCUGAUCGACGACAGCGAGUACGAGCUGUCGGAGGAGUUUGAGCUGGUGCUGUCGGACGCCUCGGAUAACGCACGCAUGGGAGACGUGGUUGUGGCGAAGGUCGUCAUUGACGGACCCAACGACGCAUCGACUGUUUCUCUCGGGAACGCCACUUUUACUUUCAGUGAAGAUGCAGGUACAAUAGAAAUCCCCGUGCUGCGGCUCGGCAGCGACCUUUCCUCGGUGACGUUUGUGUGGUGCGCCACCCGACCCUCCGACCCGCCGUCCGCCAGCCCCGGGGUCGACUACAUCCCCAGCUCCAAGAAGGUGGAGUUCAAACCUGGAAAGACUGAAGAGACGUGCAGUCUGACCAUCAUGGACGACGUCCAGAACCCGUCCAUCGAAGGAUCCGAGUCCUUCGUGGUCUUCCUCAGUUCUCCUCAAGGCGCCGUCCUGCAGGAGCCGUACGAAGCCAACGUCGUCAUCACAGACACCUUCCAGGACAUUCCCAGCAUGCAGUUCGAGAAGAGCGUCUACACGGUGAAGGAGAAAGAGAGCGUCCUGCACCUCCCCAUCCUCCGUACAGGCGACCUGUCCUUUAAGUCAUCGGUGAGGUGUUUCACCCGCACGAUGUCCGCCAUGGUGAUGGAUGACUUCGAGGAGAGGAGGAACGCCGACGAGUCACGUAUCAUCUUCCUCAAAGGAGAGAAGGUGAAGAACUGCACCGUCCACAUCAACGACGACUCUGUUUUUGAGCCUGAAGAAGAGUUCCAGGUGCAUCUUGGGACGCCGCUGGGUGACCAUUGGAGCGGCGCCAUGGUCGGUGCCAGCGACAUCGUAACCAUCACCAUCACUAAUGAUGAAGAUGCUCCCACCAUCGAGUUCGAGCAGGCGUCCUAUCAGGUCCGAGAGCCUCCGGGUCCCGACGGCAUCGAGGUUCUCAACAUCAAGGUGAUCCGCCACGGAGAUCUGGACCGGACCUCCAAGAUCCGCUGCAGCACUCGAGACGGAUCGGCUCAAUCUGGAGUCGACUACAAUCCCAAAAGCCGUGUGCUGAAGUUCACACCUGGAAUGGAUCACAUCCUAUUUAAGGUGGAAAUUCUCUCCAAUGAGGACAGGGAGUGGCACGAGUCCCUCUCAUUGGUCCUCGGCCCCGACGACCCCGUGGAGGCAGUGCUUGGGGAGAUCACCAUGGCAACGGUGACCAUCCUGGACCAGGAGGCUGCAGGCAGUCUCAUCCUCCCUUCCCCGCCUAUUGUGGUCUCUCUCACCGACUACGAUCACGUCCAGGAGGUGACGAAGGAGGGCAGUAAGAAGACCCCGUCUCCUGGUUACCCUCUGGUGUGCGUGACCCCCUGUGACCCCCAUUACCCAAAAUACUCAGUGAUGAAGGAGCGCUGCGAGGGCGGCAUCAACCAGACUCAAGUUCACUUCUCCUGGGAGGUAGCGGCGCCCACCGACACUAACGGUGCCCGGUCGCCCUUUGAGACGGUGACGGACACGACGCCGUACACCAGCGUGAACCACAUGGUCCUCGACAGCAUUUACUUCAGCCGGCGUUUCCACGUCCGCUGCGUGGCUCAGGCCAGAGAUAAGUCGGGUCACCUCGGGACGCCGCUGAGGAGCAACAUCGCCACCAUCGGCACCGAGGGCUCCAUUUGCCACACGCCUGUUACCACGGGAACGGCCAGAGGUUUCCAGGCUCAGUCCUUCAUUGCAACACUUAAAUAUCUGGACGUGAAACACAAAGAGCAUCCAAACCGGAUCCAUAUCUCGGUGCAGAUCCCCCAUCAGGACGGCAUGCUGCCGCUGGUUUCCACCAUGCCGCUUCACAACCUUCACUUCCUGCUGUCAGAGUCCAUCUACAGACAGCAGCACGUCUGCUCCAACCUGGUCACGCUCAAAGACCUGCAGGGCAUCUCUGAGACGGGUUUCCUUGACGACGUCUCCUACGACAGCAUCUCUCUGGGGCCGGGUUACGACCGUCCCUACCAGUUCAACCCCAACGUCAGAGAGGCGAAGAGCAUCCAACUCUACAAGCACCUCAACCUCAAGAGCUGCAUCUGGACGUUUGACGCCUACUACGACAUGACCGAGCUCAUCGACGUCUGCGGAGGAUCCGUCACUGCCGACUUCCAGGUUCGUGACUCGGCUCAGUCCUUCCUGACGGUGCAGGUUCCUCUCUACGUGUCUUAUAUCUACGUGACGGCUCCGAGAGGCUGGGCUUCUCUGGAGCAUCACACCGAGAUGGAGUUCUCCUUCUUCUACGACACCGUGCUCUGGAGGACGGGCAUUCAGACCGACAGCGUCCUCUCCGCCAGACUGCAGAUCAUCAGGAUCUACAUCAGAGAAGAUGGACGGCUGGUGAUCGAGUUUAAAACUCACGCCAAAUUCAGAGGUCAGUUCGUCCCUGAACACCACACGCUGCCAGGACACAAGUCCCACCUGAUGGCCCCCGACCACCUCGGAGGAAUCGAGUUUGACAUUCAGCUUCUGUGGAGCGGUCAAACCUUCGACUCUCCGUACCAGCUGUGGAGGGCCACCAGCUCCUACAGCAGGAAGGACUAUUCUGGAGAGUACACCGUGUUUUUGAUCCCCUGCACCGUUCAGCCCACUCAGCCCUGGAUCGACCCUGGAGACAAAGCUCUGUCCUGCACGGCUCACGCUCCAGAGAAGUUUCUGGUGCCGAUCGCCUUCCAGCAGACCAACCGGCCCGUUCCUGUGGUUUACUCCCUCAACACGGAGUUCCAGCUGUGCAACAACGAGAAGGUCUUCAUGAUGGACCCGGCCAGCGCCGACGUCUCCAUGGCUGAGAUGGACUACAAGGGAGCGUUCUCCAUGGGUCAGACUCUGUACGGCCGUGUGUUGUGGAACCCCGAUCAGAACCUGAACGCAGCAUACAUGCUGCAGCUGGAGAAGGUUUACCUUUGCACCGGCAGGGACGGAUACGUUCCCUUCUUUGACCCCACGGGGACGCUGUACAAUGAGGGUCCGCAGUACGGCUGCAUCCAACCCAACAAACACCUCAAACAUCGAUUCCUGCUGCUGGAUCGUAAACAACCCGACGUAUGUGACAACUAUUUCCACGACGUUCCCUUCGAGGCGAACUUCGCCACAGAUAUCCCGGAGCUGCAGUCCAUGACUUCCAUGCCGGGCGUCGACGGCUUUACCAUGAAGGUCGACGCUCUCUACAAGGUGGAGGCGGGACAUCAGUGGUACCUUCAGGUCAUUUACGUGAUCAGUCCAGAGUCGCGGUCCAACCCACGGAUCCAGCGCUCUGUGACCUACCAGCUGAACCGCUCCAAGCGAGACCUGGUGGAUCGCAGCGGCCGGCUCACCCUCGACGAGUCGCUCAUCUACGACAACGAGGGCGACCAGGUGAAGAACGGCACCAACAUGAAGUCGCUCCACCUGGAGGUCGGACCCUCCGCCACCUUCAACGCCCACAUGGGCAGCUCGGUUGGCGGAGGCGUGGCGGCCGUGACCCUGCUGGUCCUCGUCCUGCUGGCUUCCUGCUUCCUGCUCCGCCGCUGCCGACGCUCGGCCAAGAAGAAGAGCAAGAAGUCUCAGAAAGCGUGCGAGGAGUAUCCGCUCAACACCAAGGUGGAGGUGUGCAUGGACAAGUGUAUGGAGAAGAACUUCAGCAGCAAACACUGCACGGUGAGGAACAUCAACAUCCUCAACCGCAACCAGGACGCCAACGGAAAGGCAAAGGUGAAAGAGGUAAACCUAGAAGUCAAACUCCACAACAACCUCAACGACGGCACUGAGGUCUGA